AUGACCAUCGACAAGCCGCACGUCGUUGUUGUUGGUGCCGGUAUCGUCGGCGCCUCCAUCGCCUGGCACUUGGCGGCCCAGCACGGCCAGACCGUCACGGUGACCGUGGUGGCGCCCGACAUGGACCGCGGCGGCACGGCCACGCCCAACUCGUUUGCCUGGCUCAACGCCAACUUCAACAACGCCCGGCCCUACUUUGACGUCCGCCACCGCUCCAUGGCCCACUGGAAAGACCUGAUCCACGACGUGCCCGGCCUCGCCGAACUCGCCCGCUGGAACGGCACCGUCCAGUGGCAGCAAGACGAGGCGGACCUCGCGCGCUACAUUGAGCAGCACGCGCGCUGGGGCUACCAGGCGGCGCGCAUCACCAACGACGAGGUCCUGCGCCGCGAGCCGUGGCUGGCCGACGCCGGUCUGCCCGCUUGGGGCUGGGCGGCCGCGCUGCCGGGCGAGGGCAGCAUCGAGCCGGCGCGGGCGGCGCGGGCGCUGGUGGCCGACGCGCGGGCCCACGGCGCCGCGGUGCGCGAGGCGACCGUGGAACGCUUGUUGGUCGAGGGCGACAGGAUUGUCGGCGUCGUGCUCCCGUCCGGCUCCAUCAGGGCAGACCACGUCGUGCUCGCGGCCGGCCUGGGCACGGUCCCGCUCGCGGCCGCGGUCGGCGUCGCCGUCCCUGUCCACAGCCGCCCGGGCCUCAUUGUCCACUCCAAGCCCCUGGCCACCCGCCUCCUCCACGGCCUCGCCAUAUCCAACGGGCCCCAUAUGCGCCAGACCGUCGAGGGCCGCAUCAUUGCCGGCCGCCACUACUCGGGCGGCAGCCCCACCGCGGAUCCAGACGCCGAGGCCCACGUCUUUUUCAAAAAGGUGCAGGCCAUGUUCCGCUCCGAGCUCGACGGCGUGCCCUGCCCGCCCCUGGAACUCGACUUUUACACCGUCGGCUACCGGCCCGACCCCGACGACGGCCUGCCCAUUCUGGGGGACAGCGGGAGGCCGGGACUGACGCUGGCCGUGAUGCACUCGGGUGUCACGUUGGCCGCCUUUGUUGGCCAGACACUGGCCGAUUUGGUGGCCACGGGCACAAGGGACAAGGCGUUGGAGCAAUUUUCGCUGUCACGCUUCAGCAAGGGGUAG